CCAGUGAGGACUGAUGGUUUGGUGUUUGUACUCAUGUGUUUCACUUCAGUGGCUUCAACAAACUGAUGAUUGAUGUCAAUAGAGUUAAAAAUAAAUACACAGAAGAGAGUUAAUCAUUUAAGUGCAUCUGUUUGUUGGUACAAUAUGUAUUUUAGCAGUGGGUUUAGUUCGAGUCCUUCAUCUCUGUAUCGUGGAGCAGCAACAACUUCCCUCUUACACGGCGGUGCGUUUCGUAAAACUGCGUUUUGUAAUGAAACUUCAGAGCACAGUUUCCGUUUGAGAAACCUUCUGUCACAGAGCCAGUGAACGCACCCCGGCACGAGGACACAGACACAGACACAGAGAGAGAGAGAGAGGACGCGCGAGACACAGAUCUGCUGAUGGUGGAGGCCACUGAAGCUCACUGAACUCACCAUCCCUUUAAUUCGGAUUGAGACGACUUGUGCUUUGUGACACGGGGUGUUAUCAUGCUGGAAGUUGCCUUUAUAAUGUGUUAUUUCGUGGCUGUAAGGGAAACCAGAUGGUCAGCGACAAUCCUGAUUGGCUUAUUUUCUGAAACAACAGAUGUACAGAUGUUUCCAAUAAAGUGUCUGGCAGUUUGUUGAAUGGCUGGAGCCGAGAGUGAGAUCUCAGGACUGAUCAGCGAGUGAUUCAGACUCUUCCAGCAGCCGUUCAGUCCCCAUACAAACGCCUUAGCAUUUCCCUGGAAGAUUCAGCAGUGUUUACAUUCGGAUCUAUUUUGGAUAUCUUUUAUACCAUCUGUAGUCAUGCCCUGAUCGGCAAACAUUUCCCCUAUCUUCAUAUCUUGCUUUUCUGGUUCUGGUUUUUGCGAGUCAUCCUGAACUCAAGCUAAGGCUCUUGCGGGUUUAUCUUUAAUCUUGUAAUCUCGGUCCACCCAUUGGCCUUGGUGGUGGUAGCCAAAGUAGCUGCUGGGCUUCAGCAAUGCUCGGCUGUCUGCUGCGAGGUAGGAGCAUGUCUCAGAGGCUCAGUGUUUUGCUCCUACUCUUCGGCCUGGCGUGGUGCCUGCUGCUGCUGCACUACACCAUUAACCAGCCACGGCACCAAAGCAGCACCGAACUGCGCCAGCAGAUCCUGGAGCUGAGCCAGCGCUACGUCAAAGCUCUGAGCGAGGAGAACCACGAGCUCACAAGGCCAUAUAACCCCUCAAUGGCUGGAUAUGCUGAUCUGAAAAGGACCAUUGCAGUGUUAUUGGAUGACAUCUUGAACCGUUUGAUGAAGCUGGAGAACAGAUUGGACGCUACAGUGAACGCGUCAGUGCACAGCCCUUCUCACAUGACCGGGACCGUCAUGCACAGACCAGUUAAACAGAACGACUCCGGCACAAACGCUCACAGCAGUCAGGUGCAGCCGUAGCCACUGACGUAAGCUGAGGUGGACUAGCAGCUCACGGGUUACACCAGUGACGCGGUGGUGACACAGUGACUCUAAGACUGAUCUUGUGUGUGUUUCAAUUAGGGAUGUAACCAAAUAUGAAUACUUUAGUCCGAUUCAACGAAAAGGAAUCCUAAAUGAAAUGUAUACAGAUCCAUGUAGUAAGCAGAGUGCUUUUGUUUUUAAGAAAGCUUUACAAAUUGCUUCAGACCAGGUGUGUGCAGUGGGUGAUCAGCACAAAGUGUUAGGAAAGUUAGACACAUUUCAAUUUGCUUUCUCAGUUUUUUUUUUUGUGGAAAGCGAGUGAUUUUCAAUUCACAACAAUUAUGUAUUAUAUGAGAAACCUGGCGACUCUGCUCCUGGGACACAAAUGUUAGACGGUGCACUACUUGGAUUUUACCCAACCACAAAACAGAAAUACUUUUUAAAAUAAAAUAUUAUAUAGCUAUUUUUGUCAGAUGUAAAUAAAAGUUUUUUGAUUUGGGAAAGACGUCACAGCUUUGGAACAGUUCGCUCGCUUACUUAGUGUGUGUAAUCCAGGAGUUGAAUAAAGUUGUGUUCUUUACCAUAAAAACACUUACUUCAACGCCUCUAUGAAUAUUAAUUCUAAUCCACAAUUGGUUAAUCGCAUGAAUGAGUAGAGGCACAGUUCCUGUGUGUAUUGUGUUGGAAUUAGCACAAAUUGUUGCAUAGAAGAAGAAAACUCUUUCCAUGAGUGUCCAGAUCAGGGAAACAGCAGAACUGUGUAACAUUUACAAAAACUGCAUCACUGCAUGGUAUUUUAAUAGAUUUUGUGCUUAUAUUUACUUAUAAUCAGCGAGAAAAGCACAUGUGCAGAUCAAGCACAUUUACAUUUUAUGAAUAAAGGCUUGAUGCACAUGUGAGAAAGAACUGUUUACUAGAAAAUAGAAUGUAAAACCCGUUAAGUUUUGCAGAACAUGUGUAGCAGGAUAUAGACUGUUUGACUUACUUAACAUUUAGUUAAUCCUAUUCACUAAUUGCCAAAACUAGGCCACAAAUGCCUCCCUCUGUAACUGUGGGACCAGAAUAUUGACAGGUCCUGCUUAAAGCUUUAGGGUUUCUGAGUACGGAAGCUCUCCUCAUGCCAUGUGUCUGUCAGUGUAAUAAAACAAGUGCCAUUAUUAACCACUGCAAA